CGCGUCAUUCCUCCCGUGCCUCUUCUCACUCGUGGUACUCCCGCCACUCCCUCUCCAAUUUUUGGAGACGCACUAGACGCUUUCCUCGUCGUUCUGUCGCAGGCACUCGUGGCUCUCAACUCCAACACUCAGAAAAAAAGUUCCACCGUGUUCUCAUCUCCACAUCGGCACCACCAGUCACCUUGACAUGGCACCAACAAGUCGCUCCUUGAUAUAGAUUUCCUGUUUGAAGUUGCAGUCAUCGUUACAGUGUUUGGCCUCUAUCAUCCUGUCUAUUGCUGCACCUUGUAUGGCUCCCAGACUUCUGUGACACAAUCCUAGAUUCUAGAUUCGUCGACUCUCACUUUCCUCCCCGCCCGCUCGGGUAAAGAUGGAGCAAUCCUACCUGCGAUCUGGUGCAGAUGUCUUGAAGCACUUUGACGUUUCCGAAACCAAGGGCCUCUCCUCGCCCCAGGUUCUUGAGGCCAGAGCUCGCUAUGGAAGCAACUCUCUCCCAGAAGAUCCUCCAACACCCCUCUGGCAACUCGUCCUCGAACAGUUCAAGGAUCAAUUGGUUUUGAUCUUGCUAGGAUCGGCAGCAAUCUCUUUUGUGCUGGCCGUCUUUGAAGAAUCCGACGAUUGGACCGCAUUCGUUGACCCCGUCGUGAUCUUAAGCAUCCUCAUCCUAAAUGCCGUUGUCGGAGUCACCCAAGAAAGCAGUGCCGAAAAGGCCAUCGCCGCCCUCCAAGAGUACUCGGCCAACGAGGCCAAGGUCACCCGCGAUGGUCAAGCCCGCAAAAUCAAGGCCGAAGAGUUGGUCCCCGGAGAUAUUGUUACCAUCGCCAUCGGCGACCGCAUUCCUGCCGAUUGCCGCCUCCUGUCUAUCCAGAGCAACAAUUUUGCUGUCGACCAAGCCAUCCUCACUGGUGAGAGUGAAAGUGUGACCAAAGAGACCAAGCCCAUCAAGGACGCACAGGCUGUGAAGCAGGAUCAAGUCAACAUUCUUUUCUCCGGAACCACAGUCGUCACUGGCCAUGCCACUGCUAUCGUCGUCCUCACCGGUAGCUCCACUGCCAUUGGUGACAUCCACGAAAGCAUCACCUCUCAAAUCUCAGAACCAACCCCUCUGAAGGAGAAGCUGAACGACUUUGGCGAUACUCUAGCUAAGGUCAUCACUGUCAUCUGUAUUUUGGUCUGGCUCAUCAAUAUCCAGCAUUUCAACGAUCCCUCCCACGGCGGAAGCUGGGCCAAAGGUGCCAUCUACUACCUCAAAAUUGCCGUGUCUCUCGGUGUCGCUGCCAUCCCUGAAGGUCUCGCCGUCGUCAUUACAACCUGUCUGGCGCUUGGCACCCGCAAGAUGGCUGCUAAGAACGCCAUUGUCCGAAGCCUCCCCUCUGUUGAAACUCUCGGAAGUUGUAGUGUUAUCUGCUCUGACAAAACCGGCACUCUCACCACCAACCAGAUGAGCGUCGAAAAGGUUGUUUAUCUAAAUGAGGCUGGCAAUGACUUGGAAGAAAUCCAAGUCGAAGGGACCACUUUCUCGCCCAACGGAGAUCUUGUUCAAAAUGGGCAACGCCUAGAAAAUGCAGCCGUAUCUUCCGCCACUAUCCGUCAAAUUGCAGAAGUUGCCGCCUUAUGCAACGAGUCCCGACUCUCCUACGACUUCAAGAAUAACACCUUCACCAACAUUGGCGAACCAACCGAAGGUGCACUACGGGUCCUGGCCGAGAAGAUUGGGACCGACGACAUCGCCACCAACAAUAAACGCCAGGGUUUAGUCUCAGGCGAGCUUCUCCAUUAUGCGAGCGCUUACUGGGAAGAGAAACACCCUCUGCAAGCCUCGUAUGAGUUCUCUCGCGAUCGUAAAAGCAUGUCUGUCCUGGUUGGCACUGGAGCACAGCAGAAACUACUUGUCAAAGGCGCUCCAGAGUCCAUCCUCGAGAGAUGUUCCCAUGUCAUUCUGGGUGCUAAUGGGAAGAAGGUGCCCAUCACCAAGAAACACCUCGGCCUCCUUUCCGAAGAAUUAGUUGACUAUGGCCGACACGGUCUCCGUGUCUUGGCUCUUGCCAGCGUUGAUGAUAUCAACGGCAACAAGCUUCUCAAGACGGCCAAAACCACCGAGGCGUAUACCCAGCUGGAGCAAAACAUGACCUUGAUUGGAUUCGUAGGCAUGCUCGACCCUCCUCGUCCCGAAGUCGCCGCCUCGAUUCAGAAGUGCCGGUCUGCUGGAAUCCGUGUCAUUGUCAUCACGGGCGACAACCAGAAUACGGCCGAGACCAUCUGUAAACAGAUUGGCGUCUUCGAGCCUGGUGAAGACCUGGCGGGCAAGAGCUAUACGGGUCGACAGUUUGACCAACUCACCGAAAGCGAGAAACUCGCAGCAGCCAAAUCCGCCAGCCUGUUCUCACGAGUCGAACCCACCCACAAGUCGAAACUAGUGGACCUGCUGCAAAGCGCCGGGGAGGUCGUCGCCAUGACUGGUGACGGCGUCAACGACGCGCCCGCACUGAAGAAAUCUGACAUUGGUGUCGCCAUGGGCACGGGCACAGAUGUUGCAAAACUGGCAGCCGACAUGGUCCUGGCGGACGACAACUUUGCCACGAUCGAGAUUGCCAUUGAAGAAGGCCGCACCAUCUACUCCAACACUCAACAGUUCAUCCGCUAUCUGAUCUCAUCCAACAUUGGAGAAGUCGUAUCCAUCUUCCUCACCGCCGCACUUGGACUGCCUGAAGCCUUGAUCCCGGUUCAGCUUCUGUGGGUCAACCUAGUCACGGACGGCCUUCCAGCCACGGCAUUGUCUUUCAACCCACCAGAUGGCGACGUGAUGCGCCGGCGUCCGCGCAAACGUGACGAGCCCUUGGUGUCGGGCUGGCUUUUUUUCCGGUACAUGGUGAUUGGCACGUAUGUGGGGGCCGCAACUGUGUUUGGCUACGUGUGGUGGUUCAUGUAUCACACCACGGGGCCUCAGAUUACCUUUACUCAACUGCGCCACUUCCACCAGUGCAGCCUGACGAACCCUCUCUACCUGACGACUGACUGCAGCAUAUUCUCCGCCUCGUCGGUGGCCACACGGACGGCCUCGACCAUGAGUCUGUCGAUUCUGGUGGUGAUUGAAAUGUUCAAUGCCAUGAACGCCUUGUCAUCGUCCGAGUCGUUACUCACUAUGCCGCUGUGGAAGAACAUGAAGCUCAUCUACGCCAUCCUGCUCUCCAUGGCUCUCCACUUUGCCAUCCUGUACGUGCCUAUCUUGCAGAGCUUGUUCAGUAUUGAGCCCUUGACUCAAGCGGAAUGGACGGCGGUCGUGGUCAUUUCGGCGCCUGUUAUUUUCCUAGACGAGAUUCUGAAGGUUUUUGAGCGCAUGUUCUUCAUCAACAAGACUGACGGCGUCGGGAUUGGCGCUGAAGUCGAGGAAAAGAGAGUAGGAAAUGGCCAUGUGGGCAGCGGGACCAAGAACAAGAAGGCCCAGUAAAAGGCGAGUCCUGGCAUGAUUCGAUGCGUUCACGAAAGCCUGUCUGUCGUAUUCGAUACGAUGGCCGUACAUUCGGACUCUAGAAUACCGACACGUGGUGGUCUUGAGAUCUGACCAUCAUCUAGAUUUGUUGCAUGGGAGAUAUCACAAUUGCAUAGACUGAUAGAAUCAACAUGUGACUCGAUGCAAACAAUGCUCAUGGGCUCAAAGUCGAGCUACGCUGCGCUUGGUCGGCCUAUGCGAUGCUCAGGCGGGG